CAUAGAGAAACGGAACGGACUCAUGCGCUUAUGCGAUCGUCUCAUGCGGUCUAUGCGUGAAACGGAACGCACCCCCAGUAUUCUGCACUGCUCUGCACUCUGCACCUCACGGAUGCAGAAAGUGACAGUGAUAAAUUGUGUUAUUAUCAAUUGUACACGAUUUUGGCGGGAAGCGAUGGCGCAGUGUAAUUGUUCAACGGAACGGAGCUCCUUGGCAAACGUCAGCUCAAGUUCAAUACUUUUCUCAUGGUCAGAAAUACAUUUGAACGGAAUGAUUUGUUGAUGAUAAAAGGAUUAGAUUUACCUCGUCGGUAGAAUACCCGAAUAUGCUCACGCUGCAGUUCGGACAAUGCGGGAAUCAACUCGGAUGCGAUCUGUUCUCGAGGGUGGCCGCGGACGUAGCGACCUCGAGCACCGGCGUUUCCUACGGUGCGAACUACGAGUACACGGAAAGUACUAUCGAGAGGUGGUUCGAUGGAAUCGCCGAGUGCGGUCGAAGACACUUCGCCAGGGCGAUUCUCGUCGACACCGAGGAGAAGGUCGUGAACAAGGUGUAUCAAAACGCGAACGCAUCAUGGCUUUACCGAACAGGUAACGUCGUUUGCCAAUCUGGCGGUGGUUCCGCCAACAACUGGGCUUACGGCUACACGACAAACAGUCGGCGCCUAUCAAAUAUCGUUCUGAACGCCACGCGACAGGAGAUGGAGAAGUUAGAUCGUUCCGAGGGAUUUCUUCUGCUCCUAAGUUCAGCUGGUGGUACGGGAUCUGGUAUAGGAAGCUGCAUGGUCGAGCUUCUGCGAGAGGAGUAUGAAGUCAAGCCCAUUGUUGCAACAGUUGUACUGCCAUUUACCUUUGGAGAAGUUUGCACCCAGAAUUAUAAUACUGUGCUGACUCUGGCCAAGUUCUCAGACAGAGCGGACCUCACCGUGUUAUUUGAGAAUGAGCAGAUGCACUCUAUGUGUACCAAUUUGUUAAGGAAUUGCAAUACCACGCUGCGUGAUAUGAAUGGCAUUAUCUCUGAAAAUCUGCUCGCUGUUUUUCAGCCUACAAACAAUGCAAAGUGUGACGCAAAUUUUUUAAUAUCAAAAGUAGCUGCUCAUCCAAAUUUUAGAUUUGCAACGAUCAAGAGUACUCCACACACUCCUGCUACAUCCCUGCAGUUUGAGCCUACGCACAAUUGGGAGGUGUACAUUCGUCAUUUGAAGCAGACUCUUCGCGUAUCAAAGUCAUCACAGGUGGAAUUAACAAACUCUCAACUGAAGGCACCGAAUCCUACGUUAAGAAAAACAGCAAUGUCUCAUGUGUAUAGCCCUUGCGUGUCCAAUGUUCUCAUAACUCGUGGCAAAUCCAUGAAGAAUGAUCUUAUAGCGUUGGAAGAUUGGCAGAAAAGGCAUCUAUACCCAGAGUGGAUUACCAUGAAUUUCUUUACUCAUUUGCAUCAGGAACGUCGAUUUUUAAACCGAGACAAGUUCCUGGCGUUGCUCAGCAAUCAUUCGGAGAUACAUCGGCCACUGGAUGUAUAUCUGAACAAAGCGUGGGACUCCUAUAAAUGUGCGGCUUUUUUGCACCAAUAUAAACAAUUUGGUUUGGAGGAAGACGACUUCUUGGAGGCUUUUGCAAAAGUAGAAAACGUAGUGCAGGGAUAUAAAAACUUGAAGAGUCACAGUGGAAAUUGAAUGCUUUUCUUAAUUAUUUUACAUUUGAAAAAGGUAUUUUUAUCUAUAAAUAACUAUUUCAAUUUCUGAGAAGCAAAUGGAGUGAAUAAAUUUGUCAUAUUUGUAUCUUUAUUUUAAAAAUAUUACGAUUUUACAAGAUGAAUGGAAUAAGUACAAAUUUUAAAGAGAGUUCCUAGAUAUAAUUAUUUAAAAAAUUGUGAUAUAAUAUAGCAUAAGGUAACUUAUUAUAAAGUUUAUUAUUUUGUGUAUAUGUAAUAUAUAGUUUUAAAAUAAAGACUGUUUAGAUAAAACUACAUUAGGCUUCUACUAUGUUGAGAUGUACAAAUUUUAAUACUGUCUAAUAUAACAUUUUUAAAAUAAAGACUAUUUAGAUAAAAA